AGUUGGCGGGGGUUGAACGGACUGUUUCACUUUAGCGCAAAUGUGUCCAGAAAAAACCGGAUUUGAACCUUAAACCGUUAAAUCCCGCAGUGUUUGGGGUCAGAUUUCACAGUCGGAGGUUUUCGCAGAUUAAACCCCAGAAACACGCGGCACAGUCGGUUUGAUGUUUCCCCACAGAUCUGCUCCUCUUCUUCUUCUUCUGUGUCUCUGUCUCACACUUCCUCUCUCCUCAAAGAUCUGCUCCUGCCCUGAGGAGCACCAGGAGACCAGCCCGACGCCAGAACACCUCCUGAAGAACGACAUGAUGGAGAGAGACGGCGACAAGGAGGAGGAGAAGAUGGAGGAGGUGCUGACGAAGGAAGAGGCGAAGAGGAGAUGGAACGAGAGACGAGUGGCCAAGUGGAGGGAGGAGGCCCAGAAGGAGAGAGAGAAAAAGGAGAAGAAGAGGAUGAUGGAGGAGAAGAGGAGGGAGCUGGAGGAGUGGAGCAGACAGGAGGAGUGGAGGUUGGAGGAGGAGCGGAAGAGAGAGCUGGAGGAAUGGAGGAUGGAGGAGGAGAAGGAGGAGAAGGAGAAGUGGGCCGAGGGGAAGAAGAGACUGGAGGAGCUGCGAAGGAGCGGAGAGGAGGAGAAGAGGUGGAACGAGAGGAGGGAGGAGGACAGAGGAAGAAGAGGCAGGAACGCGGGACGAGAACGAAGAGAACGCCGACACCUGCGCAGCCUCAUCUGGACGUAUUUCGAGCUCCUGGACACAAACCAGGCGAAGUGCCCCAUCUGCGGAGAUCUGGUCCGACACCACGGCCUCACCACCAGACUCCACCGGCAUCUGAGGAGGCAUCCGUACGUCUACAAGGAGCUGCAGGACCAGAUGGCCGCGGAGGAGGAGCAGCGAGACGAGCAGACGAGGAGCGAGGAGGAGACCAAGAGGAGAGGGCCGGAGGAGCAGAUGAAGCGUGAGGAGAACCAAGAGAAGCCGAGGAGGCCUAAGCGACGGAGGAGAGGAGCAGAGGAGGAGCACAGGGAGGACGACACAUCAGCAGGAGCUCGAAAAGGACUGAUGGCAUCUAAAGGUGAGUUUGUGGGCGGAGCCUCGCACAUGCAGUGUCUCACCUGCGGAGCCUUCUGCAGGAGCCACGCCCACCACCUGUCGCACCUGGCGACGGCUCAUCCCGUCCUCCUGAACGACGCCGCCGCCGGACGUCUAGGCCCCGCCCUCCUCUACCAGAGCUCAGGAAAACUGUUCCACUGCAACAUCUGCUUCUACACACACCGGGACUUCACACAGGUUUGGCAGCAUCUGCUCCGGACUCACUGCAUCGAACCAAACCAGACCAAAGACCCAGAACCCAACCAGGACUCUGGAACUAAACCAGAACCCAACCAGGACUCUGGGACUAAACCAGAACCCAACCAGGACUCUGGAACUAAACCAGAACCCAACCAGGACUCUGGAACUAAACCAGAACCCAACCAGGACUCUGGGACUAAACCAGAACCCAACCAGGACUCUGGGAACUAAACCAGAACCCAACCAGGACUCUGGGACUAAACCAGAACCCAACCAGGACUCUGGGACUAA